AUGUGGACGGCUAUAGGGAAACUGCUGCUUCUACAUGGGCUAUUCGUGGGGUUUCUGGUGGUGAACGGAACUAAUCUGGACUGUGAAAGCGGUCAGUUUCAGUGUAGGAACGGCAGGUGUAUCCCGACUCCUUGGAGAUGUGAUGAUGAUGAUGACUGCUCGGACAACAGCGAUGAGGAGAACUGCCCAAAGAAGACCUGUGCCACAACUGACUUUGCAUGUAAGAACGGCCAGUGUGUCCCAGGCCGAUGGAGGUGUGAUGGAGAGCCAGAGUGUCCAGACGGUUCGGAUGAAGCAGACUCCGCCUGCAGUCGCCAGACGUGUCCGCCAGAGAAGUUUGACUGUGGCGGCUCAACCAGCAAGUGUGUGUCUUUGUCAUGGCGCUGCGAUGGAGAAAGAGACUGUGAAAAUGGAGCAGACGAGGAGCAGUGUGCCGCAG